AUGACUAAAAAGAACAAUGGUAACUCUCGUCUUAAGGUUGAGCGACCGUGUGAACCUGGUAAGCCAGGUAAAAAGAGAGGUCCACCUCCCGGACAAGAAGUAAUAAGAAGUCGUUCUAGCCGUAUGGAAACCGUAUAUUAUAGUGCCAUUAAAGACCCUCAAUUAAAAGAACAGCUACGACUUUAUGACGUGACGCAUGACACUAGUACGGAGUUAUCCCCUAUCGUCGAACCCCAAAAUGAUUCCGAUGUUACGGUUUCUUCCGAUGCUGGCCUUUCGAAUACUACCACGUCAACGUCUCCUAUUCACAACGUCGACUCUUCCAAUCCCAUUGAAGUUCCUUCCAACCCCGAUGAGGACUCUUCUGAUUCCGCGGACGUUCCAAAUGAACCCAUAAAUAUUAUUGUUAUAUCAGAUAGUUCGGAUUCUUCUUGUAGCACCAUGAAGGGUUCUUCUAGUCCCUCCGAUAGUUCUUUUGACACGGUUGAAGUUUCCGUUGUACCUGAAGUUUUCACUAUACCUGAUGAUGCCAUUAUCCCGGUCAAAGUUUCCUCAAUACCUGAAAUACCUGAUAUCCCAGUUGAGGUUUCCUUGCUACCCGAUGAUGUUUCUUCUAACCCUGUUGAAGUUCCCUCUAUCACCGUUAAAGAUUCCUCUAACCCUGUUGAAGUUUCCUCUAACACCGUCGAAGGCACCUCUAAUCCCGUUGAGGGAUCAUCUAAUCCCGUUGCAGUCUCCUCUAAUCCCGUUGAAAUUUCCCCAAUCCCCUUUAAAAUUUCCACCGACCCUGUUAAGGUUUCCUCUAAUCCCCCCAAAUCUUCAUCAACUUCUUUUAGACCCACGAAAGCUUCUGGCUCCUCGAAAUAUUCUUCAAAGUCCAGAACAAAAUCCUAUUCUAGACCUAUCAUUUCAUAUAUACCUUUAUCUUCUAAACCCAUCGCUUUUAAAAUGACGCCCGUUGCAAUGCCUUAUAAGCCCGCCGGAAUGCCUUACGAUACCUCGGGAAAUUUUUAUAAUCCUACUAUUAACCCCACCGGAACUUCUUCCAGCCCCAGUGGUUCUUCUUCUAAUAAACCCACUGGAAUUUCUUUUGAUCCCGCUGGAAUUUCUUUUGGCCCCGCCGGAAUUUCUUCUGAGAUCGCCACGGUUACUUCUGAACUCACCAUAAUUUCUUCUAGUAGUCGCAAUGGAAAUUUGUCUAACCCCAAUGAAGUCUCUUCUAGUACCGUUGAUUCUGGACUUCCUUUUAGCAUAGAUAAAGUUUCUUCUAAUUCAGGAUCUUCAGGAAAUAUUGAAAAUACUGAAGUAGAGUCUGAAAUACAGAAGCUUGCAAAGGGCAAAUUACCAGAAGAAUUAGAACUUGCUAGCUUGAUGGCUUGUCUAAGAGAAGGCGAAGGGCAAAAUACUGACAAAAUACAAGCAAAUAAUGACCUAUUACUUAAUUUAAGAGAUUCGAAGGACUCUAUAGAUAAAGUGUCUGUAACACGGAGACACAAUAAACUUAGAAAAAUACAGCCGAAACCCCCUCAAAGUAUCAUCAAUAAUAGAGAGAGGUGGAAUAUGAAAGUCCCAGCACAACAAGCUAUGAAAGACUCGGAACAACGAGCUACCACGGAACAAGCUACGAAAGUCACAGAACAACAUGUAAAUGAUCGGCAACCGCAACCAGAAAAUCUCGUUCAAGACUCUGAAAAUAAUGAGGAGAAUAAAGAUAAUGAUCACGUGCCAGCAAUGCAGGAAUUGGAAAAGGAACAUCAACAACAACCAGAAUCAUUUGUUCAGGGCUCAGAUAAUUAUGAGAAUGGAAGUAUGCGGUUACCAACCAUACAGGAAUUGGGGGUCUUUGAGGAUGGCCCUCCCCUGUAUCGGCCAAUCGCAACGUAUCCAAUUAGUAUGAAAGCGAGACAAGAACUUUUUGAAAACAUGCAACUUUCACAGAUAAGGGAUAGUAGGGAUACUGUUCCUUCGCAUUACGCAACGAACAAAACGAAUGAAACCCUGUCGACUGUGUGGACGAAAAUACCACGAACAACAACGUCAUUACCAUCCAAAUCAUCUUCACAAUCACAAGUAGGAACCGCUACACGAUUACCACAGUCAUCAUUUUCCAAGUCAUCAACCGAAUCUUCGGGAAGAAUGUUCACAUCAUCAUCGACGUUGACGUCGAUGUCGAUGAAGCCUACAGAGCAAAAUUUACAAAGGGGAUCUAUAACGUUGCCCCCGCUAGUACCAACGGUAUCAUAUCCUGAUUACUCAAAGCCUGCGAAAGUUUCAUCAGAGCUUCCUUUUUCAAAGUCUGAUCAAGUCAUACCUCCACUACAACCUGGGUUGAAUGUGUCAUGGAAUCGGUCUAUAAUUCCGUCGAUGCAAACGAACGUCAAAGUUUCAAGUGACAAACCAAAGGAACCCGCUGAUGGUAUAUUUAUUAAAAGUGUCAAACAAAAUGAACGUGUUGAUGUAACUGAUGUAACUUUAUGUACUGAAAAAGACGAUAUAAUACAUGAUUUAACGGAGCAAUCACAAGGUUCCUCUUCGAAAUCUGCUCAAGAUACUGACGAACUGAUGAAUGAUACACCUGAAAAAGUUACAAGUAUAGAAAAUAGGAAGAAAAGACGCCGAGAACACAAGGGUGAACUUUCAUCAUCUUCCUAUAGUAUAAGGAGAGCAAAGAGGGAAAGGAGGCAAAGGGAGAGAGGAGAGACCAAAGAUGAAGAAGAAGUUGCUCCUCGAAGAGCUCGUCCGAUUAAUGAUAGAAGGCGCUAUCAAAAGCCAACGAGGAGAAUCACUAGAAAUGCUGCUCGAGAGGCUUUGAAUACGCUUCCAAAUGAUAAAAAAAAAUACGUGAGGCGUCGAUAG